AUGGCUCGGACCGUCCGAGAUGCAGCGUGGGUUCUGGGGGCAAUUGCAGGCAGAGACGGGAGGGAUAACUAUACGCUUGCUUCGCCUCACCCGAUCUCAGAAAAUACACACAGAGUGACCCACGAGAGGAUUAUCCCGGACGUGACACGGUCCAGUCAACUGAAACUUCGAUCCGCAAAGGUUUUGAUCGUCGGAGCGGGCGGCUUGGGAUGUCCGGCUGCGCAGUAUCUCGCCGGAGCCGGGGUGGGCACACUGGGACUCGUGGAUGGGGAUACGGUGGAAUCCUCGAACCUUCAUCGGCAGGUAUUACAUCGGAGCAAGAAUGUUGGGAAGCUCAAGGUGGAUAGUGCGAUUGAGUCUUUGCGCGAUUUGAACCCUCAUCCGACUUACAUAGCGCACCGAGCACAUCUGGCGCCCCAAGAUGCGGCGGAUAUUUUCAAGAACUAUGACCUCAUCCUCGACUGUACGGAUAACCCGGCGACACGUUAUUUGAUCUCGGAUACAGCUGUUUUGCUUGGGAAGCCGUUGGUUUCGGCUUCUGCUCUGCGGACGGAAGGCCAGCUUAUGGUGCUGAAUAACCCUCCUCGAUCGGUAGGAGAUAAGACUGGGGGUCCAUGCUAUCGAUGUGUUUUUCCUCGGCCGCCUCCGGCAAACAGUAUCAUGAGCUGUGCGGAUGGUGGCAUUCUUGGGCCGGUUGUCGGUACAAUGGGUGUACUGCAGGCGUUGGAGGCGAUCAAGGUCAUUACGGCUACAGACGAGGAAGUAAAACCUCCAUCGUUACAUAUCUUUUCGGCUUAUUCUUCCCCGUUGUUCCGAACUAUCAAACUGCGUUCGCGCCGACCGAAUUGUGCGGUGUGCUCUGGUGAGGCUAGUGUGACGCUGGAGACCGUCAAGUCAGGCUCUACCGAUUAUGUUUUCUUCUGUGGAAGUGUCGGUCCAGAGAAGCUGUUGCUCCCGGAAGAGCGCAUCUCGCCGCGGGAAUACCGGACGAAGUAUCCAGUGACAGCUUCCAGCGAGGCUAUCGGAACGGUAACCAAGGAACCCACGAUCAUCGAUGUUCGGGAGAAGGUCCAAUUCGACAUCUGCAGCUUGGAAAACAGUAUCAAUAUCCCCAUUUCGUCCAUUCUAUCGUCGGCGACGAAAACCGCCCAGAACAACGAAGUAGCCAAUGGGUCGAAUCCACUGCCCCCGUGGCUGCCAGCAGAUAUCGCCUCGUCGGACUCCAUCGAUCCGAUCUAUGUUGUGUGUCGACUCGGAAACGACUCCCAGAUCGCAGUCAAACGACUGAAGGAGCUGGGCCUGGACCGUGGAGGCGAAAGAGUCGUGGCGGAUAUUCGGGGCGGAUUGCGCGCCUGGCGCGAACAGGUUGACCCCGAGUGGCCAGAAUAUUAA